GAAAUCGAGGUUCUUAAAAUUUUUGAGAGUUGUCAUUGUUUUUUUGUUAAAUCUGAAAGGAAAUUAGUAUUUUUUGUCCUAAAAAUUAUUUAUAUAUAUAUAUGCUAAAUUAUGUUUUAAUGUAAAUUAAACAAUUAUUUAUUUUUUUUAUGAAGUGGAUUAUUUUUUUAAAAGUUCUGAUUUUUUGAAAAUUUUUUAUAAAUGCUGCAAAAGUGGGCUUGUGCUUAUGAAUUGAAGAACACUUUUAUUAUGAAGGACAGGCACUGCUAGGCCAAAGCUCCAAAAUGUUCAGAAGAAGGUUGUCUUCAUUGCUAUCAAGUUACUGCAAAUCCAGCUUCUCCGCUUCCCAUCACCUAAGCUUGCCGCCGCCUCCGCCACCGUCAGCAUCGACAUUCCCUCUGCAGUUCGUAAAAUGCCCUAACCUUAAACUCAGUGGGGUUUUCUUCUUAUCUGGCGAGGGUUUUACUAGGGCCUACAGUAGCCUUCUGAGUUUGAAUGAUCUGAGGGACAAUCCGGGGGCGAGGCAGAAGAAGAAGAGGAAGGGACGCGGGAUUGGGUCCGGCAAGGGCAAGACAGCGGGAAGAGGCCACAAGGGGCAGAAGGCCAGAGGUACCAUGAAAUUUGGCUUUGAAGGUGGCCAGACGCCGCUCCGCCGCCGAGUCCCAAAACGAGGGUUUAAGAAUCCCUUUAGCCUUGAGUUCCAGCCAGUGGGAUUGGGAAAGAUUGCCAAUCUCAUAAAUGCAGGGAAGAUAGAUUCUUCUGAAUUGAUCACUAUGAAAACUCUCAAGGAUACGAGGGCAAUAGGGAAGCAAAUUAAAGAUGGAGUGAGGUUGAUGGGACGUGGUGCUGAACAUAUCAAGUGGCCAAUUCAUCUUGAGGUGUCGAGGGUGACCGUUCGUGCAAAGGAAGCAGUUGAGGCUGCAGGUGGGUCUGUAAGAAGAGUGUAUUACAACAAGUUGGGCUUCCGGGCAUUGCUGAAGCCGGAGUGGUUUGAAAAGAAGGGAAGAUUGUUGCCAAGAGCAGCUAGACCACCACCGAAGCAGUGGGAUAAAGUUGAUAGCAUUGGGCGCUUGCCUGCCCCGACUAAACCAAUUCCCUUCCCACCGGAACAAGAAAAAAGAGAGGCAUCUCUCGCCUGAUAAAUGAAGUGAUCAGCUUUGCUUUCUUUUUGAGAAUUUCCAUAACAAUGAUGAAAAUGCGUUGUAAGCGGAUUUUGUCUCUGAUAAUCGUUUUGUUGUCGUUGGCUGAGUGCUAUUUCAUGGGUUAUCUAUUCCUCUCUGGAGAGAAAUGGAAGCUGUAUUACAUUUUGGUUUUGAUGAGAUUUUUCUCAAGUUUUAAAAUUAAA